AUGACAUUGACAAACCAAGGACCGCGGCGAAUCGGGCAAUGGCUGUACCUCAAGGCCGAGUGUAUAGAAGAGUACAAAAAGUGCCAUGCAGCCGUGUGGCCCGAGGUACUGGAGCAGAUCAAAGAUUCGAAUAUAAGAGACUACUCCAUCUAUCUCUCCCUAUCACCCCGGCCAACGCUCUUCGCUUCGUUCAAAUACAUUGGCAAUGCCUUUGACGCCGACAUGGCGCGCAUGGCGGCGAACAAAAAGGUGCAGGAAUGGUGGGCCAUGACGGACGGGAUGCAAGAGUCGCCUGUGGAUGGGGCAAAGGGGAGUGGGCAGGGGCCCGGGUGGUGGGGACAGACGGAGGAGGUAUUUUAUGUCGAGUAG